AUGGCCACCCUGCUCCGCAGCAAGCUGUCCAAUGUGGCCACCACCGUGUCCAACAAGUCCCAAGCCAAGGUGAGCGGCAUGUUUGCCAGGAUGGGUUUUCAGGCGGCCACGGAUGAGGAGGCAGUGGGCUUCGCGCACUGCGACGACCUCGACUUUGAGCACCGCCAGGGCCUGCAGAUGGACAUUCUGAAGGGGGAGGGCGAGCCCUGCGGCGACGAAGGCGCCGAGCCGCCCGUCGAAGGCGACAUCCACUACCAGCGCGGUGGCGGCGCGCCCCUGCCACCUUCAGGGUCCAAAGACCAGGCCGUGGGGGCUGGCGGCGAGUUCGGGGGCCACGACAAGCCCAAGAUCACGGCGUGGGAGGCGGGCUGGAAUGUGACCAACGCCAUCCAGGGCAUGUUCGUGCUGGGCCUUCCCUACGCCAUCCUGCACGGCGGCUACUUGGGGCUGUUCCUCAUCAUCUUCGCUGCCGUGGUGUGCUGCUACACCGGCAAGAUCCUCAUCGCGUGCCUGUACGAGGAGAACGAGGACGGCGAGGUGGUGCGCGUGCGGGACUCCUACGUGGCCAUUGCCAACGCCUGCUGCGCGCCGCGCUUCCCCACGCUGGGCGGCCGCGUGGUGAACGUGGCGCAGAUCAUCGAGCUGGUGAUGACGUGCAUCCUGUACGUGGUGGUGAGCGGCAACCUCAUGUACAACAGCUUCCCCGGGCUGCCCGUGUCGCAGAAGUCCUGGUCCAUUAUCGCCACAGCCGUGCUGCUGCCCUGCGCCUUCCUCAAGAACCUCAAGGCCGUGUCCAAGUUCAGCCUGCUGUGCACGUUGGCACACUUCGUCAUCAACAUCCUCGUCAUAGCCUACUGUCUGUCGCGGGCGCGUGACUGGGCCUGGGAGAAGGUCAAGUUCUACAUCGACGUGAAGAAGUUCCCCAUCUCCAUCGGCAUCAUCGUGUUCAGCUACACCUCGCAGAUCUUCCUGCCUUCGCUCGAGGGCAACAUGCAACAGCCCAGCGAGUUCCACUGCAUGAUGAACUGGACACACAUCGCCGCCUGCGUGCUCAAGGGGCUCUUCGCGCUCGUCGCCUACCUCACCUGGGCCGACGAGACCAAAGAGGUCAUCACCGACAACCUGCCAGGCUCCAUCCGCGCCGUCGUCAACAUCUUCCUGGUAGCCAAGGCUCUCCUGUCCUACCCGCUGCCUUUCUUCGCCGCCGUGGAGGUGUUGGAGAAGUCGCUCUUUCAGGAAGGCAGCCGCGCCUUCUUCCCCGCCUGCUACGGCGGCGACGGCCGCCUCAAGUCCUGGGGGCUGACGCUGCGCUGCGCGCUCGUGGUCUUCACGCUCCUCAUGGCCAUCUACGUGCCGCACUUCGCGCUGCUCAUGGGCCUCACCGGCAGCCUCACGGGCGCCGGCCUCUGUUUCCUGCUGCCCAGCCUGUUUCACCUGCGCCUGCUCUGGCGCAAGCUGCUCUGGCAUCAGGUCUUCUUUGACGUCGCCAUCUUCGUCAUCGGCGGCAUCUGCAGCGUGUCCGGCUUCGUGCAUUCCCUCGAGGGCCUCAUUGAGGCCUACCGAACCAACGCGGAGGACUAG